AAGGGUUGGUUUUGGGCCAGGCCGAAGGGGGGAUUGGAUUUUGGAAGGGUCACAAGGUGUAUUACCCAUAAAACCCCCGAUACACAGUACAAUAGGGUUUUGUUUAUCACCAUCGUCCUCCUCCCAUCUCCUUCGUCUGUAUCAAAACCCUAGGUUAGUCCAGAAGCAAAAAUGGUGGAAAAGACCAAAGGAAGAAAGGAAGAGGUGGUCACCAGAGAGUACACCAUCAACCUUCACAAGCGUCUUCAUGGCUGCACCUUCAAGAAGAAGGCUCCGAAUGCCAUCAAGGAAAUUAGGAAGUUUGCGCAGAAGGCGAUGGGCACGACGGAUGUCCGUGUGGAUGUCAAGUUGAACAAGCAAAUUUGGAGUAGGGGGAUUAGAAGUGUACCAAGGAGGGUUAGAGUUCGCAUUGCUCGCAAGCGGAAUGAUGAUGAAGAUGCCAAGGAAGAGCUUUACUCCCUUGUGACUGUUGCAGAGGCUCCGACCGGUCUUAAGGGACUAGGUACACUAGUCAUUGAAGAAGAUGAUGAAUGAUUCAAUUCAUCUCCUUUUUUGAGUGUUAUCGGGCUUCUUUCUUAGCUGCUGCUUUCAUUUUUUUUCAUCAUGUUCCGGAUCAGCUUUUGUUUGUUAAGAUGAUAUGCAAUUUAAGAUUUGGAAAAGUUUUUGCA